GAGCGGGCAGUGAACCCGGAUCGUUUCGCAACAACGACGAGGAGGAGGAGGAGACGACGCCGCCGGUGUAACUUCAUCUCUGCUUGUGCGCGGCGCAGGAGCGUGAAGGAGGCGCGGGCGGCGUGGACCGGCUCAGGUGUCCCGAGUGCUCUCCCCGGAGCGCGCCGCAUCCCUCUCGCCCUGCGUCAUGGGGUAGCGGCUUUCGCUACGGUGGGCUACUCCAACCGCCGUCGCCGUAGCAGCAGCAGCAGUAGCAACAGCAGCAACAGCAGCAGCAACCCGUUCCAUCUUCGCUGACGUCUGUCGCCACCGUCGUUGCCGCCACCGUUGCCCCCUCUACCCCGGGGGGCGCCGAAUUCGUCCGUGUGAUGUCCCCUGCCCGAGUGCGGGGCCGCGCAAGCGAGGAGGGGCGGGCAUGGGCAACAAGCAGACGAUCUUUACCGAGGAGCAACUAGACGCCUACCAGGACUGUACGUUUUUCACAAGAAAGGAAAUUCUCAGGUUGCACGCCCGGUACCACGAGCUGGCACCUCAGCUGGUGCCCAUGGACUACACCAAGGAGCCGGACAUCAAACUCCCGCCGCAGCUCAUAUGCAACAUGCCCGAGCUCAAGGAGAAUCCGUUCAAGCUGCGGAUCGUCGAGGUGUUCAGCGAGGACGGCUCGGGGAACCUGAGCUUCAACGAUUUUGUCGACAUGUUCUCCGUGUUCAGUGAGAUGGCGCCCCGCGAGCUCAAGGCCUACUACGCCUUCAAGAUCUAUGACUUCAACGCGGACGGCUUCAUCUGCAAGGAGGACCUGGUGGUGACGCUGAACAAGCUGACGCGCGACGAGUUGGCGGAGGAGGAGGUGACGCUCGUCUGCGACAAGGUGGUGGAGGAGGCCGACCUCGACUGCGACAACAAGCUGUCGUACGCCGACUUCGAGAACAUGAUCUCACGGGCGCCCGAGUUCCUCAGCACUUUUCACAUCAGAAUAUGACUGCGAGUGAGAACGGAGGGAAAGAACCCCAAGAGCAGCAGCAACAAGCUUGAGCGCCGGAGUGGGGCGACGCUCUGGACUCAUCUCACCUGCUGCGCCAGAACUCAGCGUGGAGGACACUUAAUUGCGAUUUGCCCGCCCCAUCUGAUCACAUGGAACUGUGCAGCUUUACAAAAAAAGGUGGGGGGGGGGAACAGAAAAUACCGUGCAAAAAAAGCAAGGAGCAAAUCGUUGAAAAAGGGCUACGUCUGCGUGCUCGCGUGCAAGGUGUAUUUUUAUAAUCGCGCUUUGUGACGAGUGGAUUAUUUCAGAUUUUAUCUUUUAUAAUGAGCUUUUGGCCUAUUUGUAGCGUGCAAAGCUUGUAAAAACACCAUCGGGAUUGGUUCCCGAAUGACCCCAAAUCCAUUUCACGUCCUUUCAAAACUCAAGCAGGCAUAAUCAAUUAAUAUUCUUUUUUUACACUGCCCAUAAAGACCUCUGAGAGUAUGUAAAUCACCAAGGGCUACGUGGACAUUUAUGCUACAAUGUUUAUAAUGAUAAUCACUUUUAAUAUCGUAAUGUUUCAUCCUUAGCAAUUUGUUAUGCAAUCAGAGCCAUCCUUUGGCAAACCAAACAGGCACAUAUGUAUAUGAAGGCCGGCGCAGCGCACGAGGGGGUGGGGUGGUGGUCAGCGCUAUGAUCCGCCCAUCUUUGUAUCCCCAAGUGCCAAUGUUUACACACUGCAGCACACGAGACACUAAUUUAAGGCUGAGUCUACCUAAGGGAGGACCAAAACCAAACACACGCACACAAAGUCAUGUUUCUCCGUUUAUGGAAUUGGCCCUUAACACAGAUUUUAUUUGAAUGUGGUUUCGCAUUUUCAUGUACACGUUGGCAUGUUGAACAUACCUUGCAAGGCUGAAAUACAGGCGACCCUGUGCACGUACAAUAUUAUUGGAUACAAAGUCAAAACACACACGUGCACCAAACUCAAAGACCUCGGCUAUUUCACGAUACAAAAAUAGGCUGCCAGCACGGAUACACAAGAAAACAAUUUGUAUCGCUUAAUUUUUAAUUUUUUUUUAAUCUAAUUUUUUUUUUUACUAACCGCGGAACCAUCUACUAUACAGGCUUAACUUACACGGACAGAAAAAUCAUUAUUUUGUUAAAAAAUAAAGCGUACACCCAACACAGCUACACAAACGCUUUUAAAAACAGUUACCGCGCGUUAGAUGAGAACAACGCGAGAGCUGUCAGGGCUUAGGGCGAGUGUCUAAUGGAAGUGGUUCCUAAGCUUUUUUUUAAAAAAGGACAAAACAAAUAUCUAACAUAACUUAAAAAACACACACAUGAGCCCAACAACCAUCCACUGGAACGGAGAGAGGGGAGGGAAGGUUUCACGGGCGGCAUGUACUUGUUUCGUGAAAUGCUAAAAAAAAUGGCUUCAUCGUCUAGAAAUGAGGUGGGCGAGGUUGCGAGGGAAGUGCAGCCGCGCUCGCAUGAUCCGGCGCACGGCACUGACUCGUGACCCCAAUGUUUACUUUAAACGCAAAGCUCCCGUCGUGGUCGUCGUCAUCGUUAUACCCAUGAAGAGUUUUCUCACUGCGCCAACGAAUCGGUGACUCUGCACAUAACUGUAAUGUAAAAAACCACGCUUACAAAUAAUACUUUCAGGUAGUGUGGUAAGAGACGUAAACAAAAAAUGUCACAUCUCAAAACAUAAUUGUACAAAAACAAAUGAAAGUACUAACAUUUUUCUUAAAAAGCACGACCUUUAACAGCCAUGCCAAUGAUCGGUCUGGGUAAUUUUUUUUUAUUGGUAUUUGUUUUACCUCCUGUACACAUUUUUCUUGAUUACGUUUUUACUUCUUAACUUUGGAGCAUUUCAUGCAGAGGUUUUUAAUUCUAUUAUUCUAGCGCAACGUCACGGCUCGCUUAGAACCCAAACAUGCUGGGAGACACGAGGUCAUUCUCCAGCCAUCCCGUCUUCACCUCCGACCCUUGAACUUUACCCUUUGGGCAGAGAGG